CUGCAGAACGAAGAGGAGCCAGGCGAGACUGCACCCGUGCUGAACGAUGCCCCUCCGCCUUACAGCAGCAUUUCUGCAGAGAGUACAGCUUAUUUUGACUACAAGGAUGAGUCAGGAUUUCCUAAGCCUCCAUCUUACAACGUGGCCACAACACUGCCUAGUUACGACGAGGCAGAGAGAACCAAGGCUGAAGCCACAAUCCCCUUGGUUCCUGGAAGGGAUGAUGACUUUGUGACCCGGGAUGACUUUGAUGACACUGACCAGCUGAGGAUAGGAAAUGAUGGCAUUUUCAUGCUGACUUUCUUCAUGGCAUUCCUCUUCAACUGGAUUGGAUUUUUCCUGUCUUUCUGUCUGACUACUUCAGCUGCAGGACGAUAUGGGGCCAUUUCUGGGUUUGGUCUGUCUCUUAUUAAAUGGAUCCUUAUUGUCAGGUUCUCCACCUAUUUCCCUGGUUACUUUGAUGGCCAGUACUGGCUCUGGUGGGUCUUCCUUGUUCUAGGUUUUCUGCUGUUUCUCAGAGGGUUUAUUAAUUAUGCAAAGGUUCGGAAGAUGCCAGACACCUUCUCCACUCUCCCCAGAACCAGAGUUCUCUUUAUUUACUAAAGAUGUUUUCUGGCAAGCGUCUUCCUGCAUUAGUGAAUUCUCCCUCAAGAAGCAACAGGACACCUGCAGGAAGUGAAUCAAGACUCUGGAGCAGCAGAAAAAAUAAUCACCUGCUUUAAAAUAACUAAAUAAAAGUACUGUU